CACGUGAUGAGUACUGCACCCGUAGUAAACAAACUUUUGCAGAACCGUGCGAAUCGCUUUUGUUUGGUGUGAAAGUGACAUUUAACUCAAAAUGUUUGCUGUUUUAGUUGCUGGUAGACUUGUUCAAACAGAUGUACAUCAAAUUGAGGAAAUGAAGGUUCUUUUUGAUCUUGAAGAUAUCACAGAUGCGAAUCAUAUCGUCGUUUUUAUGACGGGGCAAACUCCGUUUCCUGACGGUUUUGGCGGAGCUGUUUAUCUCAAUUUACCGUCCGCUUCAGGAGAAUCAAACUGGCUUUUAUUAGGACAUUUGACCAAUCAAAAACCUUCUUCAAUUUACAAAAUAACUGGAAUCAAAAAAGAUUUCGAACAAAGCACGCCAAAUGUGUUUGGUUCAAUGACAGCAUUGCCUUCUCCGGCACAACCUCACCACGCCCAACUAGGAAUUGCCGUCGAGCCAUUGACGAUGCUCGUUCAACAAACUCCCGUUUCUGGCAUCAGUGCACCAAAAGCCACAACUCUGAUGGAAUUUACACAAAAAAUGUUGCAAACAUUUUACAAUUAUGCGUCAUCAUUUGCAUGUUCUCGUGAAACAAUAAGCAACAGUUUAGUUGGGUCCCCUUCUGACCAAUUUGUGCCACUGAAUACGCUUGAUAAAUGGUUUAUAGAAUUUCAAUCUAAGUUGCAAAGAGAUCCAAAUUUUUGGAAAUCUUGAGAAAUUAUAUUCUGAAAUGCUGUCCACCCUGGAUGAGUGUGCAUGGGGAAACUUGAAAUGUAGCAGGUACCCAAAGUUGCUUGGAAUGCAUGAACAUCAUGAAUGAGUGCUGGGAUGUCAGUGAUAUUUUGUGUGUGAAAAUGUUGUGAGUGAAUGGAGUAGCACAUGUCCCCAAAACAAGAACAAAGAAAAGUCUGAAAAUAUUACUGAUUUUUGCCCUUUUCAUAAAUUCAUUUGAAUGCUACAAAUGAGAAUAUAUUUAGAGUGUAAAAACUGUAGGGGCUAGUGUAGUUUCGUACCACAAGUACUUCUAGUGGGCGUAGCAUAAUGAUUUUUGCAUAUGUUUUUCCUAACCCCCACCUGACUAUGCCAUCCAAAGAUUACGUCACUAUGACCUCACAAUCAUGUCAUAGAGCUUGCCAAAGUAUAGUUACGAUCGUCCAAAAUGACAUCUGUGCCAACGAUAACGAACUCACUAUCGCUAGCAAUCUCCCUCAUAUCGGGAACGUUGCGACGAGAAAAUGACUUGCUUGAUUUCCAAUGAACGUCUGCGCUAUUUUCAUGGCCGUCUAUAAACUUUGUAGGGCCUAAUUAUUUCAACUUUUGGAUAAUGUAGUCAGGAGGGGGUUAGGGGUGACAUAUGCAAAAAUUGUUAAGCCAGGCCAACUUGAAGUACAUGUUGUACUAAAUUACAUGAGACACGUAUCUGUACUGAAUUUUGAUUAUUUUCCAUUUUGAAAAAUGUUUUUGUUCAUACAUUUGAAUUACGAUUGGAGUUUUACUAUGCCUUCAUCGUAAUUUGUAAGUGCACAUAAUUGAAAUUCACCAAGAUAUCAAUCGUUUAACUUUUAGAAUAUCUUAUUUUUAAAUCGUAUCAUUAUUUCCAUAAGAAGCUAUCAGUUAAUAUUGAAAAGAAAUCGAAUUUGGUUAUUGGUAUAUCAACUUGAUCAAAUCAAAAAGUGAGAUUAUUUUUGCAACAAAUGGGUACAUGUGGAAGGGAAGAUCGUGCAAUCAUUCCAUCAUUAAAUGUCUUUGUUUUUGUAUGAGUUGAGUGAGGAAGUGUCUAAUUUUAUAUAUCUCGAUUAGAUUUGCGUCUCUGAUAUUGUGGAUGAUUUGCUACGUAAAAUUGUAAUUGUGGAAAAAUAUUUUGUGGUAAAUAUCACUUCUAUAGUCACAAACCUGACUAUGCCUAUGGAGAUGAUAUUCAUAAGUUCAUAACAAACUAUUUUUUUCAGUAGCUAAAUUUUGAAUAAUUGUAGAAUGUGUUUUAUAUUUUCUAGUUUCUCAUUUAUCAUGCAAUAUUGUAUAUUUGCAAUGUGAGAAAAUUUUUGUUGCAAUCUGUAUGGUUUUAUGCCUGACUUGUUAUAAUCGUUGCUGUCCUGACUCCUGAUUGGUAUGGGUAUAUAAACAUAAAUUAUUGUCUUAGUAAACUCGCAUCCGGAUUUCCUUUACUCUCGAUGUCACAUUGAAACAACUACCGUAAAUAUGCAUUAUGCAUAUAAAUUGAAAUAUCUACAUUGAUUCUUGAAUGAAGAAAUCCGAAUUGACAAGCUAUUUUUAGAAUUAAAUCUAUACUUUUUCACCAUAGCUGUUCAUUUGUGGUAUAUACCACAUCACUUUAGCAUAGUCUGUUCUAAUCUAUCUUUUGUGUCUUUGAUUUGAUCUCAUUAUGUUAAAUGAUAUUUUUUAAUUACACACUUAUUCACAUCUAUCGCUUCGAGCAAGAUCCCAUACGAGCAUCUCAUGAUUUUUAACAAUAUGUAAGGAUAUCUUGAGUAGACCGAAUUUUCUGUGGUUCAGCAUUGCCUGCUCAAUUUAUUACACUCCGGGUGAGGUGUUGUCCUGGGAAUCGAAACCCGAGAUUGUUACUUACUUGUGAUGUCAAUACAUUCUUAACAUUUUAACCAUUAGCCAUCAAUCCUACGAUCUUUGGAUGAUUUUCGUUUGAUAUUUUUUUCUUUGUUUUUGACAUGUUUUAUUAAACUUUUUUUUGAUCAUGAAAGUAUUCAAAAUAUAAACAGUUGCUCAUAGUAAUCACAAAGCAAUUUGAUACCAUUUAUAUAGUGUAUAGUUGCAUUAUUAUAUUCAUAGGCUUGUCUUCAUGGAUUUCUUCACUAAAUCUAAAACAUAGUUGCAGAAAUACAUUUGUGUUAGUGUGCAGCAGGACUCUAAAAUUGCAUAGUUAUUGGCAUUCCCAAUUAUGAAUGCUUGCUCUUGAUUUUGUUUUUAUUUGUCAAUAAUAGUCAUUAGUCUGUUUUAUUCAUGUUCAUAGGAUCUUAUACAGUGUGACCAAAAAAACAGACUAAGUCAGGGGGUGUGCAACCUUAAAUACAGAAGGGCCAGAUACAAAUACCUGGGUGAAACAUCUUCAUUUAACUUAGACUCCAGUAGUUGCACAAAAAUUUUGGUUAUUGAUCUCAUGACAUGCGUUGUUCGCCCGCUUCGCAUAAGCAAGCUGUUACGGCAUUGUUACGUCAUAGGCAUACGGUAGAUAAUAAAUUGGACUCAGGUAUAGGCUUGAAAUUACAGAUUGAACUAAAUUAAAAACUUGUGCCGCAUCCGCACAAUUUUUAUUUGUGGGCCGCGUUUGGCCCACGGGUCGCAGCUUGCACACUCCUGAACUCAGUAAUUAAACUUAUGUGUUCUGUUUUUUGAGUCACCUGAUAUAAGUUUCUAUGGGAAAAGGAGAAAUUAACAACAUUACCGUACAUCUUGAAUUUGCAAUGUAGCAUUGAUUCACUGCUUUCAAUCACCUGUCUAUCAACAUGAAUGUGUUAACUCCUUUGCUGGAAAAAUUUUUCAUAUUUCAUCAAAUUUUUAAUAAAUUUUUUCUCAGA